UUUAUUUUCUCUUCUCUUAUUAUAAAUUAAUUAAACAUAUAUACAAAAAAAUUAUCAAAAUUCUCAUCAAAUUCUUUGUUUUAGAGAUCAAAUUAAUUUUUCAUAAUGUUGAAUUUCAAUACCCAUUGAAUUGAAUUGCCUGAUCUUGUUGAAUUUUUGUUCAAUUUUCAAGGAAUUUGAUCCCAUCUUGUCAAUUUAGCAGUGUGAAGAUUAAUUCGUUUGUACAGAAAGCUUGUUGGUUUUCUCGCCGAGGAUUGUUUUGUAGUUUCAGCUUAGUAAUGUGGAUAGCAUAAGUGUCAUGUUGUGAGAUAUGGUGGUGAAGAAGAGGCAAGAUAAUGGUUUUAAUAAUUUUCAUGUACCCUUUGUUCCUCGGGCUCCUAGAUCAGUGAGGCGGAGGGUUGUGCAUAACAAGACAGUAGAAGAUAGUCAAAUAUGUGCAUUUGAUUUGCUUGCUUCAAUAGCCGGAAAAUUGUUGCAGGAGAGUGAAAGUUGUUCUUCGUCUAGUAAUGCAUCUGGAACUAAUGAUCAACCUGCAAUUGGUGAUUCUGUUAUUCAGCAAAAGCACGAUAAGCUGCUGAAAACAGAGUGCACUGAUCCGGGAAGCUGUGAAGAAAGUGUUUGCGUCCCUAAGUUUGCCUCAGCAAACAGUGUACAGAAGUGUCUUCUGAAGGGAUCUCCGCAUGCUGAGAAUGAUUCUGUCGUGGAGCGCUCUUCAGUUAUCACACAUUCUGGUUCCUCAGAAAAAGCUACCGAUGAUGUGAAAUCUGUGAUUUGCAAAAGCAGGACUUUAGAUGAUAAUUUCCUGUGUGCAGUCGACGGAGGCUCUCCUGUUUCCGGGAGAGAUGAUUUUGUAGAAAAUGGGUUUAACAAGCAGCAAGAUGUUGCCGGUCUGGAGAAUGGUGGUUUGACUAUUCUUAACACGUCCUGUUCCAAGGAUCCCAUGGAGCUGUGUAUGAAAUUUCCUGCAGUGGUCAAUUCUGACACGAAUGUCAGAUUGCCAUCAUGCAGGGAUCCUGUUCCUAAUGCUUCUAUUUUAAAGCUUAGGAAUGACAUUAAAUUAGGUAUUAGAGAUGAUGACGAAAACUUUUCUAGGUUUAAUAGACCUGGUAACAAGCCAAGGGCUUUUAGGCACCCUUCACGUAUUGGGGAUCGAAGAAUAAGAAAAUUACUGACAUCUAAGUAUUGGAAGAGUGCUCCAAAAUUGAAGGAUUAUGAACUUCCUAAAGUUGAUGGGGGAACAAAACCUCUUUUCCGCAAGAGGAAAAUCUGCUACGGUCGUGAAAGAUAUCAACGUGACAUUCUUUACAAGAGAAGGAAGUUUUCUGACCAUAGCUUAGUGACUUCCGAUGGAGGGUUCAGCAGUGAGAGUGUUUGCAACUCGCCUCAAAAGUGUAUUCAUGUGGACAAGAAUGGCUUAGCGACAACAUCUCGCAGAGAAAAUGGUAGGAUGUCUUCCUCAGCUGUAGGUCAUCAGGCUAAUUUCAAUUCCAAGGAUUCUCAUGUUAAUUUUAGCAUCAAGUCCUUUAGGAUACCAGAGCUUUUAAUUGAGGUCCCUGAAUCCACCACUGUCGGUUCUCUGAAGAGAACAGUCAUGGAUACUGUGCUAGCUAUUCUGGGAGGUGGUUUACGUGUUGGUGUACUUCUUCAUGGAAAGAAGGUUAGGGAUGACAGUAGAACUUUAUUGCAGACUGGUAUAAGUUCUAAAGAAAAUCUUGAUUCACUGGGCUUCACAUUGGACCCUAGUCCUGAGCUUGCUUCUCCAAUUCUGUACACUGAGGAUACUCCGAUACCAUUAUCACGUGAUAUUUCUCAACUUGUUUCAAGGUCCCCGGCGGCUCCUGUUUUAGAUUCAGGGAUUUCCGAUGCAUUACCUGACACUCCUCCAUUGACUAAUUUAGGCGAUAACGUUGAUAGUAAUCAUGAAUCAGCUUCCUCAUUUACUGACAACUUAACUGACCAAACAAUAUCAGAUUCUAGAGCUCUGGUUGCAGUCACACCAGGAAGUGCUGAAGCACUUGCUAUGAUUCCUGUUAACCAGAAAGCUAGACGAGCUGAACUUGUACAGCGUCGAACCAGGAGACCAUUCUCUGUUACAGAAGUAGAAGCAUUAGUUCAGGCAGUUGAGGAACUUGGAACCGGAAGGUGGCGUGAUGUUAAGUUGCGUUCGUUUGAAAAUGCAGACCAUCGCACUUAUGUGGACUUGAAGGAUAAAUGGAAGACGUUGGUGCACACGGCUAAGAUUGCGCCCCAGCAAAGAAGGGGGGAGCCGGUUCCCCAGGAGCUUUUGGACAGAGUCUUAGGAGCUCAUUCAUACUGGUCUCAGCAUCAAGCUAAGCAACAUAGCAAGAAUCAAGCUGGUGUCUUAAAGAUCACAGAGAGCCAUGGUGGAUUUGAAGAAGGUAUUGUGAUGUAAUUAAAAGAAAGGUAAAUUGUUGACAGGAACAGGGUAACCAGAAUUUGUACAAAAAAAAAUUGAUUCAAAUUUCAUGUAAUAUUUUCUCACACUCACAUGAUUCAUUGCUUAAUUCCCAUUCCAAUGUGGUGGGAUUGGCAUUUGUAAAUGAUUUCAGGCAAUAAAGAACACUUAACAAAA